AUGGUCUUCGUCUUGAUAGUGGCCAUCCCCACAUGUCUAGUGCAUAAAAUUGUCGCUGUCCAUCCACGAAUAAUCUGGGCGCAAGAAGGGACCAGUGCAGAACGAAACGAAACUCUUCCAGCGGAGAGCAUACAGUAUGAGCAGCAGGAGAUGGUACGCUUCCAGCGAAAAGAAGAAACAGUGCACAUUGAUUGCGGGAGGCUUCUGUACGACAACAACGGGAAUUAUUCGGAAAGUCUAGCAGCAUCACGUCCUACGCUCGCAGAUCAAGACCUGCAGAUGAGUUGCGAACAUAUUCGAGCUCGAGUGCUUCCUCCGAAGCCACUUGAUCGAUUAAAAUUUGGAGUAGCGCAUAUACGAUUAGUGUACGAGAGUUACGAAUUCAUCGAGGAUGAACUUAGAUCAAGCUAUCAUCCGCAGAAUAUCUUUUGCUAUUCCAUCGAUUAUAAAGCAAAGCAGGAAUUCACAGAGAGGAUAGAGGCACUCGCACAAUGUCUUCCUAAUGUGCUAGCACCUAAAGGUUGGCUAGUUAUGCAUAUUCUGAUGAUGAUUCAAUGA